AUGAACACGCUGGAAGAAACGCUCGCGUUCCUCGCGCCGAGCGAGACGGCGCGCGCGUACCUCGACCGCGCGCUGCGAGAGCCGCUGCGGAGCGGGAUUCCGUUCGUCGACGCGCGCGACCCCGAACCGGCGCUUCGCGCGGGAGAGAUCGUCGAGAUCGUCGGCGCGCCGGGGUCGGGGAAGACGGAGUUCGUCACCGAGAUCGCCGCGCACGCCGUGCUGCCGCGAGCGCGGGACGGGGUGCGGUACGACGGGAGCGAGGCGCGGGUGAUCGUCAUCGAUUGCGAUGGAAAGUUUGACCAACUGCGGCUGCUGCGAGCGCUGAAUCGAAAGAUUGAGGAAAAGCUGGCGAACGUGCGAGAGAAUCAGCGAGUGACGAUGCGAGAUGAGGUGUACGAGGAAUCGAUGUCGAGAUUCACGCUGGUGAGGGCGCACGGGAUGGUGGACGCGUUGAAGACGCUGACGGCGCUGGACGCGGCGUGGAGCGGAGCGAUCGAGAGCGCGAAAAGAGACGGACUGUUCGUGGACGCGGAGACGGCGGAGACGAGGGAGACGGGGGAGGACGCAGAGGGUGGAGGUACGAACGGUGCCAAAAGCGGUGAGAUGGCGAAAUUCGCGUCGCAGCGGUUGGUGAUUUGUGACAACGUGGCGGCGUUUUACUGGCUCGAUCGAGCAUCGAGGAAGGACCACGGGGCGCCGUUUAACAUUCAGCGCGUGUUUUCCGCCGCGGCGAGAUUGUUCAAGCGCCUAGCGAGCGCGCAUAGGGCGGCGGUUGUGGUGACAAAGACGACGUUGUCGUCGAACGAUGGUCGACGGGGUGGGCAGUACAAGGAUUUCUUACCCGUGGAGUGGACGAACGCGGUGACGCAGCGCGUCUUGUUGGCGCCGUCGAACAAACGCGUUGGAUACGGUGAGUACGCGGGCGUAGCGACGUGGGACGUACCGGUGCGCCGCCACGGAGGCGCGUACACGGUCACCGAGGAAGGCAUGCGAUGUUAA